UUUUAAUUUUUCGGACACCAAACCCUAGCAUAGCAUUUAACUUCGCAAGAAGCUAAUCAAACUACAGACACCAAUCGUUCUCUUGCUCGGUUGCUCUUGCCUCGUCGUUCGAUUGCCUCCUUUCGCCUCUAUCAGUUAUCGCAAUAUUUUCAGGAACACAGCUUAUUGAAGAAACUACAUAUUUGUAGGCUGCAGCCAUCUCAUUCAGCUUGCUCCAUUGCUAUUUCCCUGUGUUUCAGCCCUGAUCAAUUUUAUAUUAUCCUGUCAAAGUUUGACUUUUUAUAUUGUCCGAAUGUCGGAAAACAAGCCGUUGAUUGGCUUGACAUGGGAACCUAAGCUCCCAUCCUUUGUACCUGCCUCAUCUUCUUCAUCGGGGUCGAGUAAGUCCCGUUUUGCACUUGAAAAUAGCAUGCUGUAUAAACCUGCCUCCCAACUUAUCGAGGGUUUGUAUGUUCCCCCAAAUGAUCCUACAAAACUCAACAAAUUGCUCAGAAAACAAAAAAAAGACACUGUUGGCUCACAGUGGUUUGAUAUGCCUGCCCCAGUUCUAACUCCAGAGUUAAAAAAGGAUCUCCAACUACUAAAGUUGAGGAGUGUCAUUGAUCCAAAAAGACAUUACAAGAAGAGUGAUGCAAAGUCAAAGACAUUGCCGAAGUAUUUCCAGGUGGGCACUAUAGUGGAGUCAGCAUCAGAUUUUUUCUCUUCCAGGCUCACUAAAAAGGAGAGGAAGAGCAGCAUUGCUGACGAGCUGCUUUCUGAUGGAUCCCUUUCACAUUACAGGAAACGCAAGGUAAGAGAAAUUGAAGAUCAACACCAACCUGGAGGAAAUGGAAAUUGGAAAAUAAGGGGCAAAUCUACUCUAAAACGAGCCAAGGAAAAGAGGCAUCUCCCAGAAAAGAGGCUUGCGCCUUCCAGAAAUGAUAAAAAGCGAUUCAAAAGAAUCUAAACUCUGUUUUGAGACAUUUAAAACACUUCAACCAAGUUCGUCCAGACACCCGGUAACUAAUUGAAACCUAUGCUGCAUAGCCAGGUCAUCCAUCUGUAUUGGUUAGAGCAAUAGCAGUUCAAUACCUUAGUACUUUGUACUUUGUACUUUGUAGUCAUAGAAGUUGGAGCCUCUAUUAGGUGCAUUUGGGUUUUUGUUUCCUUUGGUUAGUUUAGAUAGCUUGCGUUGGGCUUUGCUUUUGCAAACAGGAAACGUUUUGAUGCCCAGUAGUGGGUGCAAAUUUUGUUAGUAAGGCAAUCUAAUAGAGGACUUUGCUUUAGCAAUUUUUUUUGAUUUACGAGUAGAUUUUGGUAAGAAAAUGCUGCCAAGUCGUCUAGUAGUCAUAGUAAUUUUAUCUUACGCCAUAUUUUUGUCGGUAAUAAGCUUUUAGCUGUUAGCUGUACCCUGUUGCUAAGUGUACGUGAUCACGGCGGCUUAGAGAACGCAAUCCAACAACCUGCCACCAUACAGCACUGCAAAGUGUCGCGCUAUUCAUUAUCACAAUUCAGAGCCUACGAAGGCAAGCACAAUCAACAUAACAUGUUUGCAGUGUUGGCACUUGGAUCACAAUCAACAUAACAUAACAUGUAGAUGAUUUUUCCUUUUCUUCACAUUUCUCUACUACAUCCUCAGCUUUAGCAACAUAUUCUUUGUAAUUCCAUUGUUGGUGGCGGUUCUGCUUUUGAUGUCUUCUAAGUUCCAACGUUUGAACAGGGGUCAAUGAAUUUGCCCUACUAGUGUCCACAACUAAAUCUUCGAAGUCUACAUCCGUCACAUAUUUCCACAACCAUGUUUGCGAUGGAAUAAAUUUAGCGAUAAAAGGAUAUGGUGACUAAUUGAUUUCUGUUUGACGUUUAGCAAUGAAAAUCGCGGGGAUAUCUUUCUAUUGUACGAACGUAAGUAAUUAAUUAGAAAAAUUGAUAUAAUUGAACUCUUGGGUUUAAUAACAAGCCCAAGAUAAAAUCUUAAUAUUGUGU